AUGGAUGGAGCAAACAACUCUGUGGUAUCUGAGUUUGUGUUGCUGGGACUGUCUGCUUCUUGGGAGAUGAAGAUUCUCCUCUUUUUCUUUUUCUUUUCAUUUUAUGUGGGAAUUAUGCUGGGAAACUUCUUCAUUGUGUUCACUGUGAUUUUUGAUUCUUAUUUGCACUCCCCUAUGUACUUUCUGUUAGCCAAUCUCUCCUUUGUUGACCUUGGUCUGUCUUCUACUAUGGUCCCAAGGAUGAUCACUGACAUUUUUAGCGAACACAAAGUCAUCUCCUUCCCAGGUUGUAUGAUGCAGAUAUUCUUCAUCCGUGUUAUGGGAGGAACUGAGAUGGUCCUGCUCGUAGCCAUGGCCUAUGACAGAUCCAAAGCCGUCUGUAAGCCUCUUCACUACCUGGCUAUUAUGAACCACAAAACAUGCGUUUGUUUUGUAGUGAUUGCCUGGGUGAUUGGGGUGAUCCAUGCUUCGUCUCAACUUGUUUUUGUUGUAAAUUUGCCCUUCUGGGGCCCUAAUAAGGUUGACGGCUUUUAUUGUGACAUCCCUAAGGUUGCAGUACUUGCCUGCACAGAUACUGCCUGGUUGGUGUACGUGGUCACUGCUAACAGCGGGCUUCUCUCCACGGGCACUUUCUUUCUCUUAAUUGUCUCCUACAUUUUCAUUUUGAUUACCGUCAGACAUCACUCUUCAGCCAGUUUGUCCAAGGCUUUCUCCACCCUCUCAGCUCAUAUCAUGGUGGUGGUCUUGUUCUUUGUUCCCUGCUUCUUUGUCUAUGUGGGGCAAGUUCCCACUCUGUCACUGGAUACAUUUUUGCUUUCUUGUCACUCCACUCUUGAAUCCUGCCAUAUAUACACUGAGGAACAAGGACAUGAAGUUGGCUUUGAAAAAAUUGACAAAGAAGAUUUCCUUGCUUAG